UUGCUUGGACCGCUAAUGUACGCAUGUAGCCACAGUAUUCAUUGGGAUAGCACAACAUUCAGUUUGCUCGGCUUGGAAAGUGAAGGAAAACGUCAUGUACGAAAACGCAAGGUGAUGAACAUCACUUGUCUCUUCUUCAGACCCAGGAGAGCACAGGACAGGCAGUGUGUGAUGACAGUGGACCUUCAAUUUGUGGGAGAACUGGGACAAUGCACCAAACCUGCCACCAGUGAGAAUGCUGUUAUACACGGGUCUGACAUCUUGAAGGACACUUUCGACAUAGAUUCUGCUGUUAGACUUGUGUGCCACCAUGGGUAUGAGCCAACUUCUGGAUCACCACGGAGACUCGUCUGUGGUAAUAACAACACGUGGAGUCCAGGCCCAGAAAGAUUCACCUGCCAAAAAAAGUCCUGUGGCCACCCGGGUGAACUGGCCAAUGGGCAUUAUGAAUUCCCAAACGGAGUUGAAUUUGGGGCAGUGAUCACAGCCGUCUGCAACACUGGGCACUUCGCAAUAGGAGAAAAGCAAAGGAGUUGCUUGGGAGAUGGACAGUGGGAUGGCGGAAACUUUGUUUGUGAAGUGGUGAAAUGUGAACCACCAAAACCAAUCCCCAAUGGACAACCACGCCCCCCUGUAAAUGAAAUGUAUGAGUAUGGCCAAGCAGUGCAAUAUGUUUGUAACGGAGACAACACCAUGCUCGGAGCCAGUGACACUGUGCACUGCCUUGAAAAUGGGUCCUGGUCUGAUGUGCCUCGAUGUGCAAAGGUGGUCUGCAUCAGGCCAGACAUCCCAAAUGCUAGACUUGUCGAAGGUGGAAGCGGUCCCUAUGGUUACAAGUACACCCUCAGGUACGAGUGCAACGUGGGAUAUAAGAUGACUUCCGAUGGCGAAAUGACCUGUUUGGAGCAUGGAUGGUCUUCUACUCCGAAUUGUGAAGCGGUGGAAUGUCCUAAUCCAGGUACCACCAAUGCCAUCAUCACUGAUAGGGCAGGUGGUCCCUACGGGUACAGUGCUAUCCUUACGUACAAGUGCCAAGAUGGACACAGACUGGUUGGCAGUACUCAGUUGAAAUGUGGAUCUGAUGGACAGUGGUCAUCCAAACCUCCCACGUGUCAAGUGGUGGAAUGUCCUAAUCCAGGUACCACCAAUGCCAUCAUCACUGAUGGGGCAGGUGGUCCCUACGGGGUCAGUGCUAUCCUUACGUACAGGUGCCAAGCUGGGCACCCACUGGUUGGCAGUCCUCAGUUGACAUGUGGAUCUGAUGGACAGUGGUCAUCCAAACCUCCCACUUGUCAAGCGGUGGGAUGUCCACAGCCAGGUACCACCAAUGCCACCAUCUAUGAGGGGGCAGAUGGUCCCUACGUGCCUGGUGCUGUCCUUGAGUACAAGUGUCAUAAUGAGUUUUGGCACCCACUGGUUGGCAGUCCUCAGUUGAAAUGUGGAUCUGAUGGACAGUGGUCGUCCAAACCUCCCACGUGUCAAGAUGUCAGUAUUUGGAAGAUAAUCGGUAUUGCUGUCCUUGCUGUUUUGGUCCUUGUUGUUGUCUGCUGUAUUGUAUGGUGGUGUUACACUUGCCUUUCAGUUGUCCUCUCUUCACCUCUUUCUUUGGAUCUUGUUUUGAACCAGUUUUACUCUCAAUGGGCAGGGCAUUGGGCAGCGAUUGGAGGGAUAUUCGCACUGUGUCCCACAGAAAGUAUUUCGGCAGCGAUUGGAGGGAUAUUCGCACUGUGUCCCACAGAAAGGUGAAUAUGGAUCAAGUAUUUAGCAGACGCUUUUAUCCAAAGCGAUUUAUGAAACAUUAGAAAAACAUUUUUACACAACAAAAGUAAAAAUGUAUACUUUUGAAAAACUAGCCAGACCCCGGUGAGUAAACACCUGUGUUUAUGAAAUUGGUUGUGUAGAUCAGAGCUAGUGAAAGGCCCAUGUAAUGUUAUGUCACAGUGGCAGUUCCUUGGAUUUUGGUAUUACAGGUAAGAUCACAUUUGGUCUGUAGUCUAAUUAUGCCUUUCUGUCUGUCUGUCUGUCUGUCUGUCUGUGUUUCUGUGGCCUUUUGUCUGUUGAGUUCUGGGUUUAUGUGUGAUUUUAAACUCUUGUGUUCGUAUCUCAGUUUUUAUCUCUUCUCUUGUCAAUCUCUCUAGUUGCCUUUCAGUUGUUCUCUCUUCUUCACCUCUUUCUUUGGAUCUUGUUUUGAACCAGUUUUACUCUCAAUGGGCAGGGUGGGUCCUCACUCACGUUGGGGUCAUUAGAUAGUGAGUGCAGUAGUGUUGGGGAAGUGGGCUUGGAUGUUGGUCCUGUUCUUUCUGACCAUUCCUCUUCUUUGGGAUUACAGGAUUUGGGCAUGGAUUCGAGAGAUAUUCACACCGAGUCCCACCGAACCUCAUGGGACUGCCGCAGAGGGUGUAGAGCUGAAGUCAGUGGAAAGCUCAAAAGAGCAGCAGGUUCCUGAUGGGUGU